UUCUCAGUUUGUAUAUUUUCUUAGCAAAAAAAUGUUUUUCAAGUAGGCCACUUACAUAGUGAAAGAAGGCUCUUGAGGCAUUAUAGUCAAACUACUUAGAAUAUUAUUCUUUUCGUAAUCGUACUGGCAAGUUUCAUAGGCUGACAUUUAUUUAUUAUCAUCGACUGCAUAGUUUGCAUGCAACUUGAUAUUGCACGACACGAACAAAAAUAUUGAUUGUUUUUACAUAAUUGCAUUUCCUUAAUACCGAAAUCUAAUGGCUGCGCAAGAAGAUGAUGAUGAGGAUGUUGCGUUCAACGUUGAAGACGUACAAAAAAUCGUAAGAGACAAUAUAGAGCUCUGCCUAGGAGGAAACACGUACAGCCACUCCCGAUGUCCGCAAUGGAUCAGCAUUAUUACGGACAAAACCCUCGCAAGAUUGAACAAACUUAACAAGCCUUUCAAAUAUAUUUUGAGGAUUACAAUAACGCAGAAGAACGGAGCUGGUCUGCACACAGCCGCUGCUUAUUACUGGGACACCGCAACAGACGGUACUUGCACAGUGCGUUGGGAGAACAAAUACAUGUAUUGUAUAGUCAAUAUUUGGGGUCUUGCUUUACAACUAUAAUUAUUAUUACUUUCACGCUAUAUGAGUGCUAGACGAAUCGAUUUACUAUUGAUGACCGUCGUUUGUGCAAUGGUGAGGAUUUUCAUAAGUUUUAUGUAGGUUAGCAAUGAUGUAUAUGCAUCAUCUUACACGCGCUUAUAAAGCCCAGCAAACACGCGCGUCUAUUACGUUAGUCUGAAAGUGCUCUUACUGUAGUUAAGCCUGAAUGGCUAAAGGCCCCAGUACACGUUGGCCCAAGUGCGGCCAAUACACGCCAUCACCAAUGUGUACACGGGGUAUUGGUGCAGGUUGGCGGACAUUUGUCAAGGUUGGCGCG